GGUUGGGACCAAAACCUCUGGGUCCUUGGAGGAAGAGAGAGCUUGGGGUCCUACAUUGUUAAGUUAUUCAUGGAGGUGGGCAGGCCCUCUGGGUAUAGAGGGAGGAGGGUCUGGGGUUUUGUACUCCUGAGUUCCCAGAAGGGAGGGGGGAGAUCCCCACACCAGUUCUGAAUGUAUAUCUGAUGCGUGUGACCCUCUUUUUCCUUGACGACCACCCUGGCUUCCCUUCUUCCCUUUCCUCCUCCCCCCCCCCUUCCUGAGAGGGACAGGAAGAGGACACUGCACUCCUGGGGGCCGAGGCUUGGGGAAUUUCCUUUCCUGGGCAUGUCAGGCCCCGCCCCCACAGUGAAAUCCUGCUAAUUAUCUCUUUGUAUCCCCCCAUGCCACCCACACCAGAAGAGGAGCGCCCCAAGCCCAGGUGAGAUCCUACGGGGCGUUCCAGACCCUGUCCUCCUUAGUAUUCCCCCCACCUCCGCCGCCAGAGACCCAGUGAGAGAAAGCACAGAAGGAGAGUGGGGGAAUCAGAAGAAAGGAAAGGACAGUCAGCAAUUCCUUCUUUCACCCAAGAAAGAACUUCCCUCUGCAUUUGGCAAGGCAGAGCCUGUCUUCUCUAUUGGUGGAACUGACCCAGAUGCAGUGACUGAUAGAGCAGGGAGCCCUGGGCACCAGAGCUGCACAGAAGUCUUUACAUUUUCCCUAGGCAAUUAAGGAAGACAGGAAGGUGGUGGCGCCUGAGUCCUGAGGGAAGAGGCAUUUAUUAACUGAAGGAGGUAGAAAGAGCACUCUAGGCAGAGAGAGGGGUGUGCACAGAAUCUGCUGGUUGGAUAUAGUCUGGUCUUUUCAGGGAACCGAAGCAGACACUGGUCCUUUUGAGACGAGGAUCCUAAGUUAGGCUGGCCAGCGAAGGCCGUGAAAGCUCAUCAAGGCACAUACAUAACUUAAAAUUUUUAGUGGCCACAUUAAAAAAAAGUAAGACAAAAGAGGUAAAAUAAAUUUUAAUAGUAUAUUUUAUUCAACCCAUUGUAUCCAAAAUUUUAUCAUUUCAAUGUGUAAUCAAAGUAAAAAUCCUUAAGGAGAUAUUUUACUUUUGUUUUUAGUAGUAAGCCUUUGGAAUUUGUUGUUAUAUUCCACUUAGAGCCCAUCUCAAUUCGAAUGAACCACAUUUCGGGGGCUCAGGAGCCUCACGUGGCUAGUGGCUACCAUGUUGGACAGUGCCGCCCUAUAGUCUGGUCAGGGAAGUCAGACAACUCAUGAUCUUUCUCUCGUUCUACCUACCCAGUCGUCCUGUGGUGCCCCCAUUGAUCCCCCCAAAGAUCCCAGAAGGGGAACGCGUCGACUUCGAUGUAAGUAGUAGAUAUCCCAACCCCAGGGGCUGACGCUAACCCACAUGGUGCCUUUGUGCAAAUUAGGACGCUUAACUUCUUUCCUUCAGAAGAGCUUCAGGGUAUUUCAUUAGGGUCAGAAUAAGACGCUUUACCGCCACCUGCUGGCAGUAAAUGUUAUUAUAGUAAACGUACAAACCCAUCGAUUCUUGCUGUGAAUAGCUCCCCCUAGCGCACACGACAGGGUAGCUGACGUGUCUGAGAGAAAAGCUAAGAGGCUUUUGCCUUCCCGGGGGUCUUGCAGUACUGCUCCGGGAAUCACAGGGCUCCCACCCUCUGUUCUGCAGGACAUCCACCGGAAGCGCAUGGAGAAAGACCUGCUCGAGCUGCAGACACUCAUCGACGUGCAUUUUGAGCAGAGGAAGAAAGAGGAAGAGGAGCUCAUUGGGCUGAAGGAGCGCAUUGAGCGGCGGCGGGCUGAGAGAGCUGAGCAACAGCGCUUCAGAACAGAGAAGGAGCGGGAGCGUCAGGCCAAGCUGGCGGAGGAGAAGAUGCGAAAGGAAGAAGAAGAAGCCAAGAAGCGGGCUGAGGAUGAUGCUAAAAAGAAGAAGGUCCUGUCCAACAUGGGGGCCCAUUUUGGGGGUUACCUGGUCAAGGCUGAACAAAAGCGGGGUAAGCGCCAGACGGGGCGGGAGAUGAAACAACGGAUCCUGUCUGAGCGUAAAAAGCCUCUGAACAUCGACCACAUGGGCGAGGAGCAGCUCCGGGAAAAGGCUCAGGAGUUGUCUGACUGGAUCCACCAGUUGGAGUCUGAGAAGUUUGACCUGAUGGCAAAGCUGAAGCAGCAGAAAUAUGAGAUCAAUGUGCUCUACAACCGCAUCAGCCACGCUCAGAAGUUCCGGAAGGGGGCAGGGAAGGGCCGCCUGGGAGGCCGCUGGAAGUGAGGACGCCAGGACAGUGGCCUACCUUGGCACAACUGGGAGCCAUCAGUGGUUGUCCCAUUUGUAGCUCAGAAUAAAUGCUCCCCCC